AUGGACGUCGCUCAGGUUCAGGUCCGCACCAUCCAGGUCGCUGAUGUUGUUGGAGAUGACUGCCAAAAAAGAUUUCAGAUCUUUUUAGAAAGUUAUAAAGAAAAUGAAACACGUAAGUACGUCGAGGCGGCGAAGGAGCUUAAACAACUUGAGCGAAGCACACUUUCCGUUAACUUUGAAGACUUAUUGAUGCACGACAGUCGGCUUGCGUCGCUUAUAGAGGAUGAAUAUUACAGGUAUAAACAUAUGCACUACAUUAUCUCUAGACUGUAUCCAUUUUUGUGCAACGCUGUGAAGAACUUCAUAAAUGAUCACGUCCCUGAUACUCUUAAUUCCGGCCGCGACUUUUAUAUCAGUUUUACAGAUAUUAGCACUCUUAACAAAAUCCGCGAAUUAAAUGCUCACCAACUAGGCAAACUUGUUAAGAUUCGAGCUCAAGUCGUUCGGUCACAUCCGGUCCACCCGGAACUAACCUCGGGGACAUUUAAAUGUAGUGACUGUGGCAUCAUCAUUCGGAACGUUGAACAGCAAUUCAAAUACACACAGCCAAGUGUAUGCUUCAAUCCCCAGUGUGGAAAUCGUUCAAAAUUCGAACUUUUGACCAGCCAGUCCAAAUUCGUCGAUUUUCAGAAAGUACGUACACAGGAAACCCAAGCUGAAUUGUCUCGUGGUAGCAUCCCGAGGAGGUAA